UCAAUUCGCUGGAACACGACGUACUAAGUGGGAAGCAAUAUGAUGAGCAUUGUUGUUUGACUCUUCAGGUUUGCACAGCCCACAACGGUUGAUGGUAGAGAGAGAGGUAGCUUAAGGUCGGUGGUACGACGACGACGAUAUUUCCCGCGCAGUACUUUUAUCGAUUCGUUUCCUGAUUGCAAGCAUUCGCGCAAGCCUGAGAGAAUUGUGGGGAUUGAAUGAUUUCGCAAAGGAAUCGGACUUGUUGCAGCGAUUGUGAAGAUCAAGGUGCUCGUGAACGUGGCUGGAACUUGUACUGGUGGCAUGCAGAAUCGAUGCACACAGCUGGUGGACUUUUUGGAAUCGGAAGGGGAAGUGCCACUGCACAUGCUUCCAUGUUGGUGAGACGAAACGUGGGAGGGGAAGAAUGGUGAAGUUCUCGAAGCAGUUGGAGGGCUCCCUGGUGCCGGAAUGGAAAGGUGCCUAUUGCAAUUACAAAGGACUCAAGCGGGAUGUGAACCGCAUUAAGCAGGACCGACUGGAGCAGGCGUCGGGGCGCCGCAGCAGCUUCGGUCACCUGAGAUCGCUGGGAUCUCUUUCGAAGUUUAACAGUAUCGGUACUCGCAUCAAGCGGACUGCCACUGGAUUGACCCGUGGCUGCGAUGAGCGUGAACCUGAAAUAGUUGGAUUCUUUCGAGAGCAGAACGGGUGCAUGAAAUCUUUAGAUAUUUGUCGUGAUUUGGAAACAACAGCGCUGUGUGAUACCGACUUGGUGGAACUGCUCGGCCACGCUGAGCAGGACAAGAUUUUCUUCAACCAUUUGGAUUCGGAAUUGGAGAAGAUCGACCGCUUCUAUAAGAUCAAGGAGGCUGAAUACAUCGCCCGGGCUGGUCGCCUGGAGAAGCAGCUGUUGGCUUUUUUCGAGGUACAUGAAGCUCUUGCGCGACAGAAUCUGAAGCUUCAGACCUUCUCUUUCAUCAAAUCGAAGGGUGGCGACGCAGACUCGUCUGUGUUUGGGUACGAAAGCCCGCUUCUCGAAGUCAUCACAAUGCAGCGUGGAGACCAAGCUCUUAGCAAAGAGGCCAACAGAUUCCAGCCCGAGAAUGAGCCUUCAGUGGGAGAGGAACGUUGUGCAAGCAGUUCCACCGAUGAAGAGAUGGAAAUCAUAGCGAACUUCAUUGAGAAUGUUAAUGUGACGGAGACUCAAGAUUCAUACUCCGUCGCUGAAGUCGCGAUCCCAGUUGAAGACGACAGCGGCAAUACCCCUCCCUGGUUCACAAUCAAAGGCAACUCGAUAGAAUCAUCUCCAAGACACCAUAGCGCGUGCAGAGAUGAAUCCGAUGGGUUUAAUGUCGUUGCAGAGAGUCCCUCUCUCGUCAUGCAAAGGAACGUAAAACACGACCGAGAGCAGAAAUCCAGCAUCCGAAAGUCCAAAAAAACGAGAUCUAAUAUCAUCCAGGACAUGAUAGACAUAAGCUUCAGGAAGAAGAAGGUCCAAAGCUCGGAGAAGAUGCUACGUUCUGCGUUUAUCGAGUUCUACCGUGGCCUUGGUCUGCUCAAAAGUUACAGUUCCUUGAACAUGGUGGCAUUUGCCAAGAUCAUGAAGAAGUAUGAUAAGGUGGUGAAACACAAAUUGGGACCCGUGUACAUCCGAGAAGUGGAGCGCUCCUAUUUUGCAACUUCGGAUACGGUUACGAAGUUGAUGACAAAGGUUGAGGAGAUUUUCACCAAGCAUUUCGCCGACCAUGAUCGACGCAAAGCUAUGCGGCAGCUGAGACCUAUUCAUCAACACGGUGGUCACAGCAUUACUUUCUUGCUAGGAAUCUUCACAGGUGUUGCAGAGGCACUGCUGGUAGGUUUUCUAAUCUUACUCUUUUCCGCCCCCGAGUACAGAACCGUUGGUGGUCACAAUUACAUUGACUCCGUCUUCCAUGUGUUUAGCACUUUGGGCUUGGUGCUGCUUCACAGGUACAUGUACGGGUGGAAUGUAUAUUCAUGGCAGCGAGUCCGCAUCAACUACCCUUUCAUCUGCGAGUUCGCUCCGGGCACAGAGCUUCGGUACCGAGAAGUAUUUCUUGUCUGCACUUCAUUUACAAGCUUGUUGCUCGGCGCCAUGAUUGUGCACAUCAUUGCCAGCACCAAACAAGCUCCCUUGGGAAUCUACACCCCCGAAUUCGCUCCGAUGGCCAUCUCCUCGUUGUUUAUCGUUUCUGUUUGCUCACCAGCGAACAUUCUUUAUAGAUCUUCUCGAAUGUUUUUUCUCUGCUGCUUGAAGCGUGUUAUAUUAGCGCCUUUUUAUACGGUAAUUCUAGCAGAUUUUUUCCUUGGCGAUCAAUUGACAAGCCAAGUUUCUUCAUUCCGGAAUUUAGAAUUCAUAAUAUGUUACUACUUGGGCGGGUACUUUGAAAUCAGAGAUGAAGACGCGUGCACACAGAACAAAACAUUCCAAGGACUAAUCUACGUCUUCUCUUUACUUCCUUACUCGUUCCGCUUCUGGCAGUGCUUGAGGAGGUGGCGAGAUGAAGGAGAUACGAAGCAGCUGUACAACGCUGGAAAGUAUGCAUCUGCGAUGAUGGCUGUGGGGGUCAGGGUUACAUAUUCCAUGAAGGAAGAUACCACCUGGCUUGUUCUUUUCAUACUCUUUUCCUGUUUUGCCACCUUUUAUCAAUUGUACUGGGAUAUUGUCGUCGACUGGGGGCUGCUGCAAAAAAACUCCAAGAACAAGUGGCUCCGAGACAAUCUCAUUUUCAGGAAGAAAUACAUUUACUUUGUAUCCAUGGGAGUAAACACAGUAUUAAGACUUGCGUGGGUUUCAUCGAUCCAACAUCUUAAUUAUUUUCCGGGGUUCAGUCAAGCAGGCUGGUAUAACAUAUUUGCGUCUUUAGAGGUCAUCCGCCGUGGCCAUUGGAAUUUCAACAGGUAAAUGCACUCUUCCUGAUAAUGAUGUUCAAAACAUAACAGUCGCUUCAAACUGGUGUCUUGGAGAUCGCACUUUCAGUUGAAGUUUAUCUGCACUAUUUCUACUUAAUCUGCUUACGAAUGCUGUGUUCUGAUUGGAAAAUGAGCACCUCAACAACGUCGGCAAAUUCAGAGCAGUGAAAACUGUCCCCCUCCCAUUUGAGGAAUUUGACGUGAGCGCCAUGUCCUUGUAGAAUCAUUCCAUAUUUGCACGCAUUAUCCAGUUUCUCACUCGAGAAUUUCGGCGUAUAAGGAAAGGUUAAAAAAAAACAUUGAAGGUAAUCAGAUUUAGUUAUGGAAUCAGGCUUGUACAGUCGGAUUGUUUGUAGAAAUGUUUUAUAUGUCGAUAUAUUUUGAUUUUGGUAUAGUUUUUUUAUUAUUAUUAUUAAUUUAUUUUUUUGGCUCAACGAUACUUGUGAAUCAUUCAAGGAUAGUAUCUCUGGUUAGAAACUCAAUUGGUUGUUAUAGACAAUAUGUUUAAGUCAACUUAAUUGGUUGUGAUUCAUGACCAACACAUUUCAUGUU